AUGGUCAAGUGCUCCCCCCAAGAGAAGCCUAUGGUUUUAUUGCAUAUGCUACUUAAACUGAACUUCAAGAAGGUGCUCGUGUUCACGUCUUCUGUCGAUUCCACGCACAGAUUAUAUUUACUAUUGAAAUUGUACGGAGGAAUACGCGUGGCCGAGUUCUCAUCUGGACUAUCGCCUACGGAUAGGAAACGAAUCCUUCAGAGCUUUGCACAGGAUAAGAUUGACGUCCUGAUCUGUAGCGAUGCCAUGUCCCGAGGAAUGGACGUUUCCAACGUACAGUACGUUGUCUCAUACGACGCCCCGUCGUACAUCAAAACGUACAUCCACCGCGUGGGUCGUACUGCGCGUGCCGGGCGAUCGGGAACAGCCUUCACCAUCGUCAAGAGGGACGAGGUCAAGCAAUUCAAACAAAUGAUGAGCAAGGCCGCGGGACAUCGGCUCAACGAAGUCAAGAUCACCCCCACUGAAUUGGGGAUGUAUCAGGAGGACUUGAAUAACACCUUGCAACAUCUGCGUGUGCAUCUGGAGAACGAAGAGGGCAAACUAUCCGACGUGGUUGGGCAAUUGAAAGGGCAAAUACUGAUGGCUUUGUCGAAGAGCUAGCGCUGGAAUUGUGUAACUUUGUAUUAAUUAGAGUGCUAGCUGCGCUGAUACGCUCCUUUACUAUAGAUAUACUUCUCAAAGGAAGGCCUAAUUCAUGCCAGACAGAAUAUUCUGUGCAGAAACGCUAAAGGCCAUUGGGUUUUGGGGUGACACAAGAUAUGGGUCACAUCGUGCAAUCACAUCAUUACAUAGGCCGACGGAAAGAUUGAAAGUUCUGGUUGGCUCAGUCCGAUUGAUCAGAUUAAUUGUAUGUCAAUUUUGGGCCAUAGCUGAAUUUAAGGACGUAUGAGGAAACAAAUAUGCAAACCUUGGUCGACGAACAAGUGCUGCAACU